CCUGCACAGUGCCGACGACAGCGAGCUCACGUCUUGUUCAUCUUGUCGGAAAUAAUGGCUCUUCUAGGUGCCAUGGUCAUCCUUCCGUUCGUCCUGCUACUCGUCCUUGGAGCGGCAGCAUUUUCGAGUGGAGCUGCCAAUCAUCGCCGUCCGGUUCGUUCGCCGCCGACGACGACUACGACCUGCCGAUACGGCGACGCCCGGGACCACUACUUUCAACAACCCUUCCCGUACGGUUCCAAUCCGGAAGUAGACGCCUACGACCUGGUCGACGAUGAUUCGCCCUUUCCUGCGGACAAAUGUCGUCUGGCCAAGGAGAUGGAGAAAGAGAUCCAAUAUUUGCGCAGGCUGAUGGACAAGUGCGAGCGAUGCGUUUCGUCCGAGGAGGAAAUGUCGACUCAACUCCGCGGGCCCAACAGGAAAAGUGUGAAUUGCGAGGACGGUGGCUCGUCGUGGUGUCUCAGUGGCCCGUCUCCCUGCGAAGAUACACCCUUCGGCUCGAUCUGUGAGCUCUGCCAAAUUGGAUAUGAUAAAAAUGGAUCAACCUGUGUUCGGAGAGCAGCCAGCUGCAAAUGAAAUGCCUUCCGGCCCCCAGAGUACAUCCUUCAGAAUCCAAGCUAUUUGGCUUAUUAUUAUUAUUAUAUAUAUAGUACAUACAAGAACUGACAACCUAA